GAUUAAUCUGUCCAGCACAUAAAACAAAAAGAAAUUGGCAAACCCCAGAACAAAUUAUUAGAUUAUUAGGGCAGUAUUAAUAUAGUAAUCCUAUGCAUUUAACCCUCAUCUUCUGCAACUUCUUUUUAAGCACCAUUUUUUUAAUGUUUCAAAAACCAUACAGAUCCAACCCAUACAUUCAUACAUUAGAUUCCUCCUCCAUCUCUAUACAGCUUGUUCAUUACACAGAAAGAGAAACACAAGGAGAUGGGCUUCUGAGGUUUUUUUUUGUUGCAGCAAAGUAGGACCUCCCUUUUUGAUCUUAGCCUCUUCUCUAAGCCUUCACAGGCAUAUUAAUGCAUGAAAGAAGAAGAAGAAGGGAAAAAGAAAAGAAAAAAAACCAUCAUUGAUUUCACACUCCUGGUCAAAUGUGCAGGAUAAAAACAAGUUCUGGCUCUGACCCAAAAGAGAGGGACAGAGGCCCACAAUGAUGGACAUCAAUGGCUGCAGAUUUCUACUGUUUUGAGUUUACUGUUGCAUUCAUCUUCUGCCAGAAUCUCUGAGUCACCCCCUAAUUGCAUCUUUCAAGCUUAAAAAGAAAAGCCCAGAAGCCAAGAAAGGCUUACCUAUUCUGAUUCUUUGAUUCUCACAAUGUUCAGACAACACAUUACAGAGAAACACAAGCAGAGUUUAAAGUACUGAAAGUGACACAAAGAUAGAUCUAAAGCUUCAAGUCCUACCACCAUGAAUGAAGAACAAGCAUCAAAAUCUCCUCCUCAACUAGACGCCAUGGUCUCCAAUGGCCUCACCAUCAAAAUCUCCUCAAACACUUCCACCACCAAAACAACAACAGGUAAAGACAGUUCCUUGCCUUCUCCAAAUAUUCAAUCCUCACCUAUUUACUCUCCUUCUCUAGUCUCUCCACCUUCCUCAGCAUUUGUCUCAGCUCUUCAGUCCCCAUAUAUUUCCCCAAGAGUCUUAAGCCCAAAACCCCAAGAUAGCCCAACUCACCAACAACCCUCACCACCCAUCUCCUACACUCACUCAGAUGACAUCCCAAGCAGUUCAUACACACCCCCAUCAGACCAGUAUGAGUACUCAGAUAAUGACCCAAUGAAGCUCAAGUUUGAUUCUUCAGCCCCUCCCAGAAUUUCGUUUUCCUUUCCGGUCCCAAGAAUUUCCUUUGCCAAAGGAGGGUCUGUUUCCCCUGCUCGAAACUCCAACGCCAAGCUGAGAAGCUGUGACGUCUACAUUGGGUUCCAUGGCCAAAACCCGAACCUGGUUCGCUUCUGCAAAUGGCUUAAAUCAGAGCUUGAGCUUCAGGGCAUUGCUUGUUUUGUUGCUGACAGGGCUAAAUACUCGGACACUCAGAGCCAGGAGAUUGCUGACAGAGUUAUCUGCUCUGUCACUUAUGGAGUUGUGGUUGUUACCAGCUCAAGUUUUCUUAACCAUUUGAGCCUGGAGGAGGUGAGGUUCUUUGCCCAGAAGAAGAACCUGUUUCCUGUGUUUUUCGACACUGGGCCGGGUGAGAUUAUGGGUCUGCUCAAUUACAAUUCGAUUGAUAAGGAGCGUAAGGAGGCCAUUGAUGGGUUGAUGAAGUGUAGUGAGUUCAAGCUGGAGGCCAAUGAGGGUAACUGGAGAACCAUUGUGUCGAAAGCCGCCGGGGUUUUGAGGGCAAAGCUUGGGAGGAAGAGUGUGUCUCUGACUGAGCUUGAGGCUGUUGAUGAGCUGCCUUUUCCGAGGAACAGGUUUUUCGUGGGGAGAGAGAAGGAGAUGAUGGAAAUCGAGACUGCUUUGUUUGGUUCUUGUGGGGAUUACUUGGAGCAAGAAUGCUCUGUGGUUAAAGGAGAAGCUAGUGGACAAUCAGAAGGUUUGGCUGAUGAGGAAAGUGAAGUGGUUACGACUAGAGGGAGGUACAUUAAUUUGGAGAUGGGGAAAUGUAAAGAGCCUAAUUUGGAGGCUUGGAUUGAGCCAGUUGUGGGGCGAAAUUCGUUCAAGAGAUCAAAGCACAAGAAGUCGAAAAGUGGGAAUUGUAAGAGCUUGGGGAGCAGUGUGAUCUGCAUAAAUGGGGUUCCUGGCAUUGGGAAGACUGAGCUUGCUUUGGAGUUUGCUUACAGGUAUUCGCAACGGUACAGGAUGGUGUUGUGGAUUGGGGGUGAGGCUAGGUAUUUUAGGCAGAACAUAUUAAAUCUGUCUCAAAAUUUGGGAUUGGAUGUGAGUGCUGAUCCGGAGAAGGAUCGGGGGAGAAUCCGAAACUUUGAGGAGCAAGAGUUUGAGGCAUUCAAGAGGGUGAAGAGGGAGCUGUUUAGGGACAUGCCUUAUUUGAUUGUGAUCGAUAAUCUUGAGACUGAGAGGGAGUGGUGGGAAGGGAAGGAUCUACAUGACUUGAUCCCAAGGAAUACAGGAGGCUCUCAUGUGAUCAUCACUAGUAGAUUGUCCAAGGUAAUGAAUUUCGACGCAAUGCAGCUCCCGCCAUUACCGGUAUCAGAUGCAAUGGUUUUGAUUAGAGGGAGGAAAAAGAAAGAGUACCCAUCUGAGGAGUUGGAGCUUUUAAUGAAGUUUGAUGAGAAAUUAGGGAGGCUGAGCUUUGGUUUGUGGCUGGUUGGGUCACUGCUUUCGGAACUAGCUAUCGCACCUUCUGCUCUAUUUGAAGCUAUCAACCAAGUCCAACUUGAUGAAGGAUCACCUUGUCCUUUCUUAAGCAUCACCGAAGAGCAGUACUGCAAAAACAAUCCUUUCCUGAUGAAAGUCUUGUCCUUUUGCUUCGCCGUGUUGCAAGAAUCGAGAGGGAAAACAAACCUUCUUGCCUCGAGAAUGCUUCUAGUUGGUGCUUGGUUUGCCCCAACGCCUAUUUCCUUGACUCUUCUUACCACUGCAGCUAAGAAUAUGCCCGCCACUAAAAGCCGGCUUAGGAAGUGGAGUAAUUGCAUGAGUGUCACAUUUGGUUGCUUCACACCGCAAACAUGGAAGAAUACUGAAGAAGACUCGGCCCUUCUUCUUGUUAAGCUAGGACUGGCACGAACAGCCAAGAAGCCAUUCGGAAACUGGAUUCAGUUUCAUCCCAUAACUCAGUUGUAUACAAAGCGAAAAGAAGGUUUAGUAGCAGCCAAGGCAACAGUUCAGGGCAUAAGGAAAAUUGGCAAUCCAUUGGUGAACUUGGACCAUCUAUGGGCUACUGCAUUCCUUGUUUUUGGGUUCAAAUCUGAGCCUCCUCUUGUCCAACUCAAGGCAAUCGACAUGGUUCUGUACAUCAAGAAGACAGCCCUCCCACUCGCAAUUAGGGCCUUCACAACCUUCUCCAGAUGCAACUCAGCAUUAGAACUCUUAAAGGUCUGCACAAACGUACUCGAGGAAGUAGAGAAGUCUUUCGUCUCCCAAAUACAAGAUUGGUGCCACGGCUCGCUGUGCUGGAAGAACAAGCUGCAAAGUAACCAGAGGGUGGAUGAGUACGUGUGGCAAGACGUGACGUUGCUGAAGGCAACAUUGCUGGAGACGAGAGCGAAAUUGCUGUUACGGGGCGGGCAUUUCGACAGCGGGGAAGAGCUGUGCAGAACUUGCAUUAGUAUCAGAACAGUGAUGCUGGGUCAUAACCACACUCAAACCUUAGCAGCUCAAGAGACUUUGGCAAAGCUAGUGAGAAUGAGGAGCAAGAUAUAAUGAAAUAAUGGAAUCCUACUUUUGGCACAAGCAAUCUCCUUUGUUGUAAGGACCUCAGUUUUGUUACCACUGUAAUCAAUCUCCUAGUUAGUUGUAAUGCUUCUUCUCUGGUUUUUGCAAUU